AGAAAUGAAGCGCGCAGGAGCUCAGCGUGCAGAACUCUGUGAGAGCAGCGAGAGAAGAAGCAUGACAACCCACCGGGGUUAAACAGCAGCGGGAUCCGUGUUCAUCAUCACGGGGAUGGACCGGCGGCGGAGAGCCUCGCUCGCGCUCACCUUGAACUUCCUCGCGCUGAUCCUCGCCAUAUCCGCGCUGACCACCAGCUACUGGUGCGAGGGGGACCGGAAAGUUGUCAAGCCCUUCUGUACCGGACCGGUGGCCGUCAAACAGACGCACUGCAUUAGGUACAACAGCUCGAACAUCAACGACAGCCGGCUGGUUCAGUAUAUCUGGGAGACCGGCGAGGAUAAGUUUGUUCUGAGGAAGUUCCACACCGGCAUCUGGUUCUCCUGCGAGCAGAACGUCGACCUUGUCGGUGAGAAAUGCAGAAGCUUCAUAAACGUGGCUCCUCCUCAUGAGAGAGGUGUUUUGUGGCUCUGCAUCGUAACCGAGUGUCUCUACAUCUUACUGCUGGCCACCGGAGGAAUCCUCAUGUCCAUCGAGGUCUGCCAUUUUGGAAACGUCAUCGAUGGACUGAAACUGAAUACCUUCGCUGCCAUAUUCACAGUCCUGUCAGGUCUUCUCGGUAUGGUAGCACACAUGAUGUUCACUACAGCGUUCCAGCUGACCGUCAGUCUGGGCCCGGAGGACUGGAAGCCCCAGAACUGGGACUACAGCUGGUCUUACAUCUUGGCUUGGAGCUCCUUCACCGCCUGCAUGGCCUCCUCCGUCACCACCAUCAACAGAUACACCAAGACUAUUCUGGAGUUCAAACACAAGCGAAGGAACAUUGAGAAGAACCUGAAGAUCAAGCAGAAGCUGCUGGACCUGGACUCUCCAGACCAGGUGUGGGACAUGUACAUCAGCUCCGUCCCCAGCUCGGCCGAGGAGUUUCUGGACUUGUCCAGUUCUGGACGCAAGCUCUCCGCCAAUUCAGUCUUCCUGGACCUCAACGACCUGCCGUCUCCACAAGGAGAGGAGUACUGCUGAAGCCGGUCAUCAUCGACGUCACGCUCUUCUAGUGUCAUUAACAGACUCUGACAGCCGUGGGAGCUUUGAUUGGAGGUGAUGCGUUGAGAUUAUAUAACUGUUGCAUAAUGUUUGGUUUGAUGUUGUGCUGUUGUCUGAAGGUGAUGCUGUUUAGUUUGUUAUUAAUGUGCUGCUGACAUUGUAUGUGUAAAACGUAUUCUGGAACCAGACCUGCGACGAAUGAACGGCUUUCCUCAAUCCUAAAGAAUAAAAUGUGACAAGGCAUUUGUAAAAAUCUAACCAUUGAAAUUGCAUUAGAAAUAUUCCCAUUUUCUGAGAGCCACCACACUCGUUCAGUAGAAAACGUCUUUUUGUGAAUGCUGCCUGCUGCUUUAGAUUUUCCCUCUGCUGUAUUAUGAAGUCAUUUCCAAAUCAAUCCUGAGGGUCUGUUUUCUAGAUCAGUUCUAAUGAGACACAAAUUUCAUUGCUGAGUGCCUUUGUUUGUGCUAUUGAUCUUGGUUCUUUAACCGUAGCAUGCAAAAGUCCUGGAACAGUUUAUUUUAUAGCCUAUUUGAUCAUCCAUAAUAAUCUCAACACAUAUCUAAAUUAGGCUAUGUAAGGAUUGCUAUUUCAUUUAGCUCUGCUUUAUUAACUCAACAGCUCUCAAAUAUAAAAGAAAAAUCAGAAUUAUUUUGUUUUUAAUUGUUAAUCAUUCUGUAGAGUGCAAAGAUCUAUAUGUGUCUGUGAAAAGAACAAGAAUUGAAUUCUAGAUCAGCUAAGCGCAUGCAACUGUUUGGGAUAAAAGAAAGUGGCUUUACUGUGGGACGCUGUGUUGUUCUGUUUAGGAUGGAAGAACAUGAUCCAUGA